GCCAUGGAGAUCGAGGCUGCAGCCUCUGCGAACACUCAGAACACAGACCCGGCGCUGGAGCCAAAGCUGAAAGUGGUCGACUGGGACAAGGACCUGGUAGACUGGCAGAAGCCCCUACUGUGGCAGGUAGGCCACUUGGGAGAGAAGUAUGAUGAGUGGGUCCACCAGCCAGUGAGCAGGCCCAUCCGCCUCUUCUACUCAGACUUCAUCGAGGCCCUCACCAAGACUGUCUGGUACAGCGUCCCCAUCAUCUGGCUGCCCCUGAUGCUGUACCUCAGCUGGUCCUACUACCGAACCCUCGCCCAGGGCAACGUCCGACUCUUCGCUUCCUUUACCACAGAGUACUCCGUGGCCAUGCCGAAGUCCGUGUUCCCGGGCCUGUUCGUGCUGGGGAUGCUCCUCUGGAGCCUAACAGAGUACCUCCUCCACCGCUUCCUGUUCCACAUGAAGCCCCCCAGCAACAGCUAUUACCUCAUCACGCUGCACUUCAUCCUGCACGGCCAGCACCACAAGGCACCCUUCGAUGAGUCCCGCCUGGUCUUCCCCCCUGCGCCAGCUUCUCUGGUGAUUGCCUUCUUCUACACAAUCUUACAGCUCCUCCUGCCCGAGGCGGUGGGGGGCACGGUGUUUGCAGGGGGCCUUCUGGGCUAUGUCCUCUACGACAUGACCCAUUACUACUUGCACUUCGGCUCGCCUCACAAGGGCUCCUACCUGUACAACAUGAAGGCCCACCACGUCAAGCAUCACUUUGCACAUCAGAAGUCAGGAUUUGGCAUCAGCACUAAAUUUUGGGAUUACGUUUUCCACACUCUUAUGCCGGAAGAACCCCACCCGAAGAUCCAAUGACAACUCCCAGCUCCACUGUGGUCCCUGCCCCACCCCUACCCCAUCCAGACCCUGCAAAGAAGGUUUGCUUGGCCAAGCAGGAUGGGCUUUGUCCAGCUAUUGGGCUUGGUGAAGGGUGCUGGGGAGACCCUAAAGACUGAGACUGGCCCUGAGACUUCCCUCCUGACCCACCAGAGGAGGGCCACAUCCACUUGGUGGCCGAAUAGCU